GAAAGUUUCCUGAACGCGCUCAAAAUGCCCUCGUCGACUACUGCGACUAAAAGCGGCGGAAAACUUCAAACUUCUUCACCUCUCGUGAAGAAGCAGCGCACGGGGUCCAAGCCGGGAGCCAAGCCUACUGAUUCAUCUCAGGAUUCGACACAAUCUGUCAAAAGUGUGAAAACGAAGUUCAAGCUUUCUUUGCUCCCUUCUCUCUCUCUCGAUGUCUUGUUCGAGAUUUUUGGGCACCUUCACCCAUUGGAUAUACUGAACCUCUCGCGUCUGACUCGCGCGUUUCGUGGAAUGCUGAUGCGCCGGUCUGCGACGUCGAUAUGGAAGGCUGCACUUCGAGAAGUCGGGGGGCUGCCUCCAUGUCCACCCGAUAUGAGCUUCCCCUUCUACGUGAAUCUUAUGUUCAGCCAACAUUGUCACAACUGUCUUACUGCGCGAGUGCAGCGUGUCGACUAUGUUCUCCGUGUUCGACUGUGCGAAGCCUGCAUCAGAACUCCUGGGGUGCUGGACACGGACAACGAUUUGAACAUGGAGGCAAAUGCAACAGAUCAAGCGAUUCUCGCUUGCGUAGCUUUUAGCAGCGCGUUCCGCAUUCCUAAGAAGAAGGGUCUCUGCUGUCUGCCCCAGGAGAGGAAAGCUUUCGUCUCAGGACUGGGGCUCCGGCACACCGCAGCUGAACGUUCGGCUUACGUGGAUGAUCGCGAACAAGCUUUGCAAUCCCGCAAACAUUUUGCGAUUGCUUGUGAACAGUGGGCCGAGUCGAUGUCGCAUCAACGCUGGGACCAGUUGCAAGGCAUUCGUGAUCAACGGCGAACUGACAUCUCUGAGAAACUGGCCAGCUUGGGCUUCACUGAGGAAUUGGAAUACGCUGAAGGCAUCAACUAUCUCACUCUGCCUCCGUUGGACCAAUUCGCAGAUCAUCCAGACGUGAAAGUCAAUAAACCACUCACCGAUCGUGCUUGGAAAACAAUCGAGCCGCGUGUUGUUGCGUACAUGGAAAAAGUGCGCACUCACCGUUUGGAUGCCGAACGUCUCCAGGUCGUCCGCAAGCGGGAGGAGAUGGCAGUGGAAGCCUGGGCUGCUUUUCGCUCGCAGAGUCCUGCCGAAAGACUGCUGCCCUCGGGCAUCGAGAUCAUUUCGUGGCCGAUCGUCAAGGAUGUCCUUGAGCUUCCCUCGUCAAUACCUAUGCAGACUGACGAGAUCGUUUGUCGGGAAGAGUCAUCGGAAAUUACCGCUAUCACUCCCGGGACGUUCACGCGCAUCUUUUCGUCGUCCUCUGGCCUGAUCGACGACUGGGCGUCGGACAAACUAGAAAAGCUCAAUCGCCUCAAUGUCGCUGUCAAGUACGACUUUGUCCGGGGCUAUGGUCGCGUCCUGAGCACGGCUCUAGAUGAUCUCCAACUUGCAAUCAGCGUUUUCAGCUGCGAAGACAAAUGUGCACUGCACUAUUUUCUCCCGCCCUACGACGCUGGCGCCUAUCCAGUGAUGUGGUACCCCGAGUGCUUGCACCAUCCUUGUAACACAGCAACUAUCCGACGGCCGCGCGCCGAGGAGGAUCUCCCAGAGAAUCCGCUCUACAAGGCCAGCGAUGGGUUCUUUGGGCGACGGAGAAGAACAUGGACGUGCAAGAAUCUGUUCCUCAACGAAAAGGCAUCGAAGGCGGUUGAACGCCUGCUAGACGCCUGCAGCUUGAGCAGAUAUACGACCACGGCGAAGCUGGAUGAGCUGGAUGAGCGAUUCAUCUGUCUCAAGUGCAGCUUUGGAACCAAAUGCGACGGACAGAUGCCUAGAUUGGUCAUGUCGUGGCGCAUGGCGGUACAGCACUGCAUGAAAGUCCAUUGGGGAGACGGAUCAGUCAAUUGGGAACGUUUGUCCGAGGAAAGCACCCGAGAAGCCAGGUCCCUCUCCGCGGCCAAAGCAGUCAUACAAGAAAAGUUCUGGCGAUGUGCGUUAUGUCGGUUCUCUCCUGGCGAACGGUCUAGUUGGGCCAGCCCGGACGAUGUCAAACAGCACAUCGCAAGGCAAGUGAUCUCGGUCGCCUAA